AUCAUCUUGGCAGACUGACUGAACAGCUGUGCUCGGCUCGGUUCAACCGGUUCAUCUGAUUCAGAGAAAAGAUUCCGCUAGUACGACUGACUCUAUCUGACUAGAGAUUUUGGAGUAAAAAUCUGGAGUUGGAAAGCAAAUCAUCAUGGGGAUCAAAACAUUAUUGUUUUUAGUUGUAAUCGCACAUACAUGCAUUGCCACCUUUAAUGAAAGCUCUGUGAGUAACUUUGAACAGACGGAUGAACCAAAUGAUGACAAGAAGUCUUCAAAACAGAAGUUUCAUGAAUUUGGUUCAGGAGCACCAGUCAACUGUGUUGGCAGUUUUGCUGCUAUAACAGACAAUAUUUCUACUCUGGACCAAGCAAAGCUUAACUCCUCAUUAUUGUCCAUCUCAAAAGAGGCUGUUGACUUCCUCAAAGGCCCAAUGGUCACACGCAUCAUGCCCUCAUUCUACAUCUUCAUCAUCUUCAUUAGUUUGCCCCUGAAUGCUUUGGCCUUGGUGACGUUCACCUGUAAGAUUCGAGAGAAGAAACCAGCUGUGAUCUACAUGUCUCACCUGGCGUGUGUGGACCUGCUCUUCACUCUGCUGCUGCCUCUGAAGAUCCACUACCAGCUGAAUGCUUCAGAUUGGGUGUUCGGUGAGGCGGCGUGUCGUGUGAUCAGUGCAGCUUACUACUGCUACAUGUACUGCUCCAUACUGCUGAUGAUGUGCAUGAGUGUGGACAGGCUGCUGGCCGUGGUGUUUCCCAUCACCUCUCUGACCUGGAGGAGCACAAGGAAAGCCACAUACAUAUGUGUGCUGGUCUGGCUGCUGGCGAUCGUUGGUACGGUGCCACUUCUCUUAGUGAGACAAACAGUUAAGAUUGAAAAUGUGGGGAUCACGUGCCAUGAUGUGCUAAGCCAAAAUUACCCUACAGUAAUGUAUUAUGUGUACCUGUUCUUCAUUCUGUCCUGCCUCUACUUCUUUGUGCCACUAAUCAUCACCUUAGUGAGCUACUCCACCAUCAUAUAUGCGCUCCGUGUAAAGUCUGAUCUUUUAGCUACAUCACCCUCAUCUUCAGGCAGCCGAAGGAGAGCUGUGAUUAUGGCUAUCGCCGUGCUGACUGAGUUUGUGUUGUGCUUUGCUCCAACCAAUGGUUUCCUGUGGUACCACUGUUAUCUUUUAGCUACUAGCAACAACAGGGGCCAGGGAGAUUCAUCAUAUUCAGCUUACCUGUUGGCUGUGUGUUUGGGGAGCACAAGUGUUUUUCUGGACCCUCUGCUGUACUACUACGGCUCGUCUCAGAGCAGACAGAAGAUCAGCUCUGUGUUUAGGAGAGAAAAAACAACAUCACCAUGUAAUACACAGACAAAAUCCACAGAUGUCACUAAAGACAGGCUUUUGGUAAAGUGUGAAAAAAACUGAUCAAGUAUGUGGUUUCCAUAAAUUGCAUUUUCAAUAUAUUAUAUGAUAUA